ACCAUUUUACCCUUCUUUCAUUGUUUUAUCCAUCCACACUUAAAAAGAUUGAAACUUUAUUUUUCUCUCCGACGAUGAUGAUUGCAAGGUGCUCUCUUUUUCCGCCGCCGUGUUUCUCCGCCGUGAGAGUUAGAUGUUUCGCCGGAGAAACUUCAGAUACUGGGAUUCUAUUUCGAGAGAAGCUUAUUUACCUUCAAGACCUUAACGUUGAUCCUCACAAAGCUCUCCGAGUAAACCCAUCUCUCCGUUCAGCUCCAAUCUCCUCCGUUGUCUCCGUCGAGACUCUUCUCUCUUCCACCGGACUCUCAAGACCCGCCGUUGGUCGUAUCCUCGAUAUGUUUCCAGAUUUGUUAACUUCAGAUCCUGAAUCUGAAAUCUUACCAGUUCUUCGCUUCUUAUCCGAUGAGAUUUCAAUUUCAGAGCAAGAUAUUCCCAAAUCGAUCUCUCGUUGUCCUCGAUUGCUAAUUUCAUCUGUAGAUUAUCAGCUUCGUCCUGCAUUAACGUUUCUCAAAACCCUAGGAUUCGUGGGUCGCGACACGAUUACGUCACGGAACACGGUUCUGCUCGUAUCAAAUGUGGAACGAACCCUAAUCCCCAAAAUUGAGUACCUUGAAGAAGGGUUAGGGUUUAAUAGAGAAGAAGUAGCGAAGAUGGUGGUGAGAUCUCCGGCGUUGUUGACUUAUAGUGUGGAUAACAAUUUAGUUCCUAAAGUUGAGUUUUUUAUGGAGGAGAUGCGUGGUGAUGUGAAGGAGCUGAAACGUUUCCCUCAGUAUUUUUCGUUUAGCUUGGAGAGGAAGAUAAAGCCAAGGCAUAGGUUGCUUAAGGAACAUGGGAUUUUGAUGCCUUUGUCUGAGAUGUUGAAGGUUAGUGAUGGUCAGUUUAACAAUUGGCUUUUAGAACUCCGUCUUAGGUCUGCUGAAAGAAGAUGAUGAUAAACAACAACGAUAUAGUGUGUGGUGUUCCGCGAUUGUAUCUUCAGCUUGUCAACACGUGAUCCCAGCGAAUCCUCUCUACCACGUCCUUCUCAUUUCUUGCUUGAGCUCUAGUUUCCAUGUUCGAUUUCCGAGAAUCGUCUUUGCUCUUAUACCUUUUAUGCGGAUAAAAUCCAAUACAAGUUUCAGAGAGAUCCAAAUGUUCAUAAAACAAAGAAUCCUCAAAAUCACCAUGUAAGAAUCUCAGUAAGAGAAGGAUUCUUCACAGAAGAUGAAUCGAAAUAUACAACAACACAGAGAUUGUGAGAGAGAUCAAACAAACUUCAUAAUUUUUUUAUGAAUGAAUAAGAAUCUAAUUUCCGCUUAAUGCCA